ACACAGCUCCAGCGGUCCUCAGAUGCUCAGAGAGACGGAGACUCUGCUGCUCCUUCAUCCUCCGCCUCCUCCUCUUCCUCCGCUCCCACCGACCCGCGGCCUUCAUCACCUCCGCCACCAUCAUCAUCAUCCUCGGCAGGAGCCCUGACCCUCGCCCCGCCGGGUCGCCAUGGCAACGGUCAUCUGCACUCGAUUCACCGAAGAGUAUCAGCUGUACGAGGAGCUGGGCAAGGGAGCGUUCUCCGUGGUGCGGCGCUGCGUAAAGGUUCUGUCGGGUCAGGAGUACGCCGCUAAGAUCAUCAACACCAAGAAACUUUCUGCUCGAGAUCAUCAAAAGUUGGACCGUGAAGCUCGAAUCUGUCGACUGCUGAAACACCCCAACAUCGUUCGACUACAUGACAGUAUUUCAGAGGAGGCGCAUCAUUACCUCAUCUUUGACCUGGUAACAGGUGGAGAGUUAUUUGAAGAUAUUGUAGCCAGAGAAUAUUACAGUGAAGCUGAUGCCAGCCACUGUAUCCAGCAGAUUUUGGAGGCGGUGCUACAUUGUCAUCAGAUGGGCGUGGUGCACCGAGACCUGAAGCCAGAGAACCUGCUUUUGGCUUCCAAGUCGAAAGGAGCGGCGGUGAAACUGGCUGAUUUUGGCCUCGCCAUCGAGGUGGAGGGAGACCAGCAGGCAUGGUUCGGUUUUGCCGGGACUCCUGGGUACCUUUCUCCGGAGGUUCUGAGGAAGGAUCCGUACGGGAAGGCAGUAGACCUCUGGGCCUGUGGUCAGAUUGUGUUCUGUUCCGUCCUGCUGGUUGUGUUGUCCUCUCUCAUGUGUAACUAUAGUUUCCCCCCAGGUGUGAUCCUUUACAUCCUAUUGGUCGGUUAUCCUCCGUUCUGGGAUGAAGAUCAGCAUCGUCUCUACCAGCAGAUCAAAGCUGGAGCCUACGACUUUCCUUCUCCAGAGUGGGACACAGUGACUCCUGAAGCCAAAGAUCUCAUUAAUAAGAUGUUGACCAUCAAUCCAGCUAAAAGGAUCACAGCAGCUGAAGCACUAAAACACCCCUGGAUCUCUCAUCGUUCCACCGUGGCGUCCUGUAUGCACAGACAGGAGACGGUCGAGUGUCUGAAAAAGUUCAACGCCAGGAGAAAACUAAAGGGAGCGAUCUUGACCACCAUGUUGGCCACCAGAAAUUUUUCCGGAGGAAAGAGUGGAAGCAACAAGAAGGCCGACGGCGUCAAGGAAUCAUCUGAGAGCACAAACACCACGAUCGAAGACGAAGACACCAGAGUGAGGAAACAGGACAUCAUUAAAGUCACUGAGCAGCUCAUUGAGGCAAUCAGCAACGGAGACUUUGAGAGCUACACUAAGAUGUGUGAUCCGGCUGUGACUGCGUUCGAGCCUGAGGCGUUGGGGAAUCUGGUCGAAGGCCUGGACUUCCACCGUUUCUACUUUGAGAACUUGUGGUCCAAGAACAGCAAGCCAGUCCACACCACCAUCCUGAACCCGCACAUCCACCUGGUGGGCGACGAGGCCGCCUGCAUUGCCUACAUCAGAGUGACGCAGUACAUCGAUGCCAACGGGACACCUCGCACCGCCCAAUCAGAGGAGACCAGGGUGUGGCAUCGCCGCGACGGAAAGUGGCAGAUUGUCCAUUUCCACCGCUCAGGCUCCGCCUCCACGCUCAGCAACUAACUUCCAAAGUGGGCGGGGCUUUGAUGGGGCCACCGUCGCCUUGACUACAGAUUGAUUGACAGCAGGCCAGGCGUCUGACACCAACCAAUCCGGAUUUUGUUUGAGAAGAUUGAUGAGAACAAAACGGCGGAGGAGACGACGGGCCGGAAACCACAUCAUCAAUCAAUCAAUCAAUAAUCAACUUGCCAACCCCUUCUCAGCUCGUUUGAACGUCAGCCACGCCCCCCUCAUGAUCAGCCAAUCAAAUCUUUUGUUGUAGUCUAGCUGCACACAUGGUAAUAACAUGUGGAAACCUUGUAUCUCCAGCUUUUCUUCCUCUGCAGGUUCAGGAGGUUUAAGCAGGACAAACAUCUGUUGACACCACAGCAUGAACAUCUGGCCAUCCAGGAGGUGGUUAGCAUAGCUUAACGUAAACAGUUGAAACAGGGGAAAACUGUUAGCCUGAUUUACAUGAUGUUAACUAAAGUAGAAAAACUGCUAAUUUCAGAUGUUUGGACUCAAAGUCACAUUUAGUUCUUACUUAACCUUUUAGUUCGAGCGUUAGCUAUCUCGUUAGCUAGCUUGUUAGCUUCACCUAAAUCACCUUUAAUCAGCUAAAACUGACUUUCUUUAACAAUAACAAUAAUAAGUGUGGGCUCUGUGUUCUAGUCUUCUGGGAGAUACAAGGUUUUCAACAUUUCUGUUUUUAUCUGCAGAGUCCAGGAGUUGCCCCUGUCACUAAUAAUAAUCGAUUAUCUCAUGAUCACAACUAGAAGACGAACCAGAACAAACUCCAAGUUUUUAUAUGAUGUUUUAAUAUUUUCAUUUUUUACAUCUUUAACGGAACGUUUUAAAUGUGAAUAAUUACCACAAAACAGUAAAAUAUCCGUUUCAAACAGCUAAAUAUUAGGCAGACUUCGUGUUUUAUUCUCACCAGUCGUCAUGAAUCAUUAGAGUCCAAGUAUUACCCUCAGCCUCAGACCCUUUUAAAACCCUUGGGCUUAUUUUUUACGGUCCGAGCACCACGUUAUUAUUAUUAUACUUUAUUCGUCCGCAGAAAGAAAGACAUUUUUGAGGCCCUAAAAAUAUUUGAAAACUCUUGAAAAUUUGCUCCAAUCUGCCUGAAACUUUACAUGUGUGAUCAGAGUCCGGCCUUCAUCAGGUACAUCGGUCGAAAUCUACUUUCAGUCACAGCACCACCUGGUGGACAUGAUUGGAUUGGCUGACUAGUACGGAUGCAAGGACUCGUUCAACACUACUUGCAGGUUUAAUUAGUCUUUUUCAGUCUUUGUCCGUCUUUUGAAUUGUAAUUUUGGUGGCCUAAAAAUACUCAAAAACACGUGUAAAUUUGCACACACAUCAGGACCGACAAUAAAUUUGAUAUUUACGGGAAUGGCACACAUGUGAACAAAAAAUGGCUCAAUAGCAACCCCUGCAAAUUUUCAAACUUUUAUUACGACCAGUAUGUAUGACUUAGACUUAUGAAGUUUGGUACACAUAUGGAACUCAUCAAGAUACACGAAAGUGUGUUUGACAUCCAUGCCCAAAACACCACAGGAAGUCGACCAUUUUGAAGUAUGUGUCAUAUUUUGGACCAAUUUUUGCACAUUUUCAAAAGCUAUAAACUCAAACACGGUAACCCCGACAGAGCUGAAAUUUGGCCAGGAUGUACAGCAGGCAUGGGUGUUCUUAUUGAAAUGCUCCACAAAAUUCUGACGGCUGGUGGAAUUUUGACGUUUUGCCGUGGAACCGGAAGUGCUGCGUAACUACUCUGUACAUGCUCCAAUCUGCCUCAAACUUUACAUGUGUGAUCAGACUCCAAUCCUGAUCACAUCCAUAGGCCAACAUACACUCUCAGUUGCAGUGCCACCAGGUGGACAUGCGUGGGAUAGCCAAGCCACAAGGAUGCGAGGACCCGACCAGCGCUACUUGCAGCUUUAAUUGGACCAUUCAGCGCUGCUUGCGGUUUUAAUAUCUGUUUUCUUUGGCUUUAACACUGAAAUAUAAAUCAUUUCUGUAAUCUGAAAUUAUUCUUUGAAAAGCAGCAAACUGUUGAUUUUUAUAACCGUUUUUGACCUCAGUUCAUCUCGCACUAGAUGCUAUAAAUAUAAAAGUUUUCAGACACUAUAAAUGUAAAAGUUAUCUUCAGGUGUUGUGAUCUUGAGAUGAUUCAGGUUCUCCUGGACUCUCAGAUUCUUUCUCUGUAAUAUUUAAAUUGUACAAGUGAUGAGGUUUGGACGCUCAUCUCUCUGCUUCCAUCGGAGCGCCAGAGGCUUCCAUUGCUGUCUGAGAUCUUCCAUGAACCCCCUACCCCGUUCUAACGAGCAACCUUAACGAAGUACAUUAACAAGGAACCUUAACGAGCUGUCUGCCUGCACUUCAUUGGAGAAGAAACUUUAUCAUUCAGAGUUUACAGAGAGAUUUAACAGAAGGCAGUUUACUGGAAGAGGAAGAAGUAAAUCAAAAUAAAGGAGCUCAGGAAAAUGGAGGUCGUUUAGUUUCAGAAUCCAAAAUAAAUUCAAUCAUUUCAAACUUUAAAUUUAGGAAAACAUGACAAUUAGACGGGAAUUCAUCAACUGACCUGUUUCUGGGGGACGAACAAACUGACUUGAACUUUAGAAUUUUCACAUUAAAACGGCAAAAAAAGACUCGCAUGACGCUCAGACAGCCAAUCAGAAUCACCCGUCUGACCAGAGUCUGUUGAGAUAAAGUACGGAGUCCCAGAAGUGACCAGACUCACUGACAGGUUUUAAUCAAUACAAAAACAUCCUCUGUGUAUCGAUUAAAACGACAGAAAACAUUUGAAACCAUCUGAACUUUUAAUGCAGAAGCUGAACACUUUCAGAGGUUUGAGUUUUGACCAGUUUGUCCCCUCCGGGCCUCCGUACUGCUGAUAUCCGGCCUCCCGCUGUGUCGGGGUGUCGGCGGUGUGAAACCUCAUAUCUCCGCCAGGUUUUUGUUGUUGUUGUUGUUUUUUGGAGCCUUAAUGAUCUAAUAACUCAGAGUUUAACCUUCAACAUUAAAGCUGCAUCUUGGAUUGUGAAGUGAAAUAUUAACCUGCUCAGAGUCUCGGUGUUUCUUCAGGAGAUAUGAGGUUUUGUUUGGCUAUCGCUGGACUUCUGCAGCUUCUUUUCUUCCUCUUCAGUCUUUAUUUAUGUACAGAUUCUGUGAUUUUACUGCAUGCUGGACUUGACUUUGUGUUUUGUGUUUUUUGGCUGCUUCGCGCUCCGACUCGGACUAGGUUAGCGUGACUAGCAUCCCUCAUUGGGAGCAGUGGUGUCUGCUAGCCACAAGCUAACAAAAUGCCAACACCGCGGACUUUGAUAUUCUGCAACUUUUGAGCCGUUGUGUUCGUCUCAGAGGCUUUAAGCAGCUUUUUACCGUCGGGAGAAUGUAGAACUUUGUACAAUCUGAUUCUUACUAUGACUUGGGAUGUUAUUACUCUGAUAUAUCGCGUUUGUAUGUGGAAGCUUUGUAAUGUUGGAUCGGACUUGCUCGCGUUGUGUGAAUCCACUUUGUGCAUUAUGAGCUUUUUGACUUCUGUUAGUAUGAGAAGUAUUUUAGAGUGUGAACCGCUGAAUGUGUCGCUUCACCGCUGCUUUUAUUUACUCGACAUCUGGGCACCGUUUGGCUCCUGCUCGGCAACACUCAAAGUCCAGGAGGCCGAACGUCGAAUGGCUUUGGUGUUUUAGUGCAGCUGUUCUCAUCACUGGGGUCAUUCCAGAACUGGAGGACAGGUCUGAAAAUAAAGCAGGUUUCUGCUCCAUAUUGAUCAAUAAUAGGUACUGAUUGUCUCAUUUUUAUUCCAUGUUUCUGUGUUGUUGCUAACCCUACUCUAAUCCAUGCUAAUGUGAUCUUUUUCUCAGCAGUAGAAGCUAGAUAUUUAGCUAGCUGUUACUGCUGACCACUGAUGGAAAACAGUCCAAAGAAUGAGUCUGAUCCUGAUAAUAUGAGGUAGAGAGAGACGUUCAAUCAAGGCUGACAAUGAAAACGACCAAAACUACAAAAUGUGACACAAAACGGCAAAAACGUCAUCAACAGGUUCUGCUAACAUGUUGUGUGAUACGUUCAAUGUAUAAUAAUUAUUUAAAAAGUUAUGUUGACUAAAGAUGGGCCUGGGAUCUUUCUGCAUGGAGUUUGCAUGUUCUCCCUGUGCAUGCGUGGGUUUUCUCCGGGUACUCCGGCUUCCUCCCACAGUCCAAAAACAUGCUGAGGUUAAUUGGUUACUCUAAAUUGUCCGUAAGUGUAAAUAUGAGUGUGAUUGUGUGUCUGUAUAUGUAGCCCUGUGACAGACUGGUGACCUGUCCAGGGUGUCCCCUGCCUUCACCCGAGUCAGCUGGGAUAGACUCCAGCACCCCCCAUGACCCUAGUGAGGAUAAAGCGGUGGAUAGAGGAUGGAUGGAUGUUGACUAAAGAAUGUUCUCAUAAUUACAGAGAGAUCAAUGAAAAGUAAAACCAAAAAACAGUAGAUUUAAAUUAGAUUGUGUUUUAUUAGAGUAACAGAUCAGUCAUCAGGGGGGUGGACAAGAGAAAAAUGGAUUUUAGAAGAACUCCAGACUUUUUUUUGUUAUUUUAAAGGUAUUUCAAACAUUCUUUUCUCCUAGUUUUUAUAGAUUUGGUCUCAGGACAAGAACAUUUACACAACUACUGAUGUUUUAGGGUUUUCUACAUGGAUUAUUUGACGUAGAACGUUCUCCAGUUCUGGUUCUGUUUAUAGUUCCUGUCUUUCGGCCUCCUAGUCUUUGAGCUGCAGCGUCGGGACUCCAGGGGACGCUGUGAGUGAAUGGCUGUUUUCUACCGUAGAUAAUCCGUGUUUUCUAAACUCACUCUGACCUUUGACGACACUUGAAAGUAUUUAGUGGAAAUCUCCGGGGAAAACGUUCCUGCGAAUAUCUGAGAUGUCAUUUUUUUACAACUUUAUUGGUGUUUAUGCUUGAACCAGUAGAUUUGAAACGUUCUCCAUCAGCUGUGAUGUUUGUUCCUGUGAGGCUCAACAGCUUCUUUAGCGGACGACGCUAAAGACUCAGCAGGUCGGAAGUUUAUGUUCUGCACCUUCGCCUGCGGCUCUGAGCGCGCUCAGUACAGGACGCUUUUCUACUGACGUGACGGGAAACAGAAGGACGGACUUCCUGUCACCAGCAGGAGGAGAACCUGUUAGCAUAGUUAGCUGCUAACAUUAGGAGGCAAAUAAUGCUAACCUCAUUGGUCCAGGAUGGACUUCCUGUUGCCUGCAGGAGGAGAACCCAUUAGCAUAGUUAGCUUCUAACACUAGGAUGGCCCGUUAGCAUAGUUAGCUGCUAACAGUAGGAGAACCAGUAAGCAAAGUUAGCUGCUAACACUAGAAUACUAAUAAUGCUAAUGUCAUUGGUCCAGGAGGGACUUCCUGUCACCUGCAGGAGGAGAACCCGUUAGCAUAGUUAGCUGCUAACACUAGGAGAACCCAUUAGCAUAACUAACUGUUAACGCUAGGAGAACUUGUUAGCAUAGUUAGCUGCUAACACUAGGAGAACUUGUUAGCUGCUAACACUAGGAGGACUUCUUAGCAUAGUUGGCUGCUAACACUAGGAUAACCCAUUAGCAUAACUAACUGUUAACGCUAGGAGAACUUGUUAGCAUAGUUAGCUGCUAACACUAGGAGGACUUCUUAUCAUAGUUAGCUAGCUGCUAACACUAGGAGAACACAUUAGCAUAGCUAGCUGCUAACACUAGGAGGCUAACAUGCUGUUUCCCGUCCGGUCGCUCUGCAGAACCAAUAAUCAGCGAUCACUAAUCGAUUUGGGGCUUUUUUACUCUGCUGUGGUGUUUCUGCUGCAUGCUCGGUGUGGAACUGUGAGCGUGAGUGAGAGAGAGGCUUUCUAAUGUCUUCUUUUGAACUUUUCAGUCGUUUUAAUCUUCUUCUUCGUGUUCAAAGUGUUUCUGUAAAUAAACUGAGGUGGUCAAAUGCU